AUGGUGUGCCAAGCAGCAAGUCAAACGAGAUUUCGGGCAUUGAAACACGAGAAUGGAACUGCUGGAUCUGCUACCAUUAUAGUUAGAGUUAUGGCAUGCUUUCAACCUCUCAUAGAUUGCCAGGCUGAAUACUUCCGUCAUUUGCUCAAGCCUGUCACGUAA